AGUGUGGGACUGAAGGCUCUGCAUUCUGCAUGCAAAUGCCACAGCACCGGAGCCACGGCACGGACGGCGCGCUGCUGCACAGAAUGCAGCUCUCCCGCUAGCCUGACCAGACUGCUGCUGCUGUGUUUCUUUUUUUUUCUUUUUUUUUUUCUCCUGCAGGGUUCUGAAUGAAAUCCUCAUGAUUGUUGCAUGCUUGUUCAAUAAUAGCAAGCCCCAGUCACGUCUCCUUGUGAGCACAUUUGGUCGGAAUCACUGAGCAGAAGCAGAGAAGAGCUGACGACUAUGUGCUUCCAACGCAGGUUGCCGGAGCCCCGUGUUUGCCAUUGGCUGCAGUUCUCUGGUUUGUGUGCAGCUUCCCCCAUCUGGAAUAUGAAAAUGGGAUUGAAGUAGAUAAUUGCUAGCAGCGGGUUUUCAAGAGAGGCUUAGAGGGAACAGAAUGCCUCUCACACAGCACAGGCUGCCUGCGCUGAGAGAGCUCUGAGAGAUGAUUUUAGAUGUUACCCACGUCUGAAUCUCCUGGAAACUUUACCAUGGAAGCAAGCCACUGCGCACAGUCCUGGAGCUAACAUCCAAAAAGGGCAAGGAAGGGGCACCAGGGCAAAACAAUGGGAUACCUUAUCCUUGGAUUGCUCUCAGAAAAGCCAGCAGGCAUUCCCCUCCACUCCCCAGCAAAAAGGGCAUGAAGGUGGCAAUGAACUGAAUUUUACUCAGCGAAGCUUCAGUGGCUUUUAAGAAGGAUGGGAUACACUGACCCUUCAUCAAGCCGGGAUUUGCUGGGAAACAGAACUUUGUUCUUCAUCUUCAUCUGCGCCUUUGCCGUGGUCACCUUGCUGCAGCAGAUCCUCUACGGGAGAAACUAUCUCAAGAGAGGGCUGCAGUUUAGCUGGCAGAAUGGAGAGGAAUUGGCAAAUUGGACCGGCACCUUUAAUUUCACGGAUGACGGAGCAGUGAAGAGUGGCAGUGACACAGGCACCAGGUAUUUUGAAUUUUAUGAAGGACCUUUGGAAUACAACUCUACAAAAUGCCUGGAAUUAAGGCAGGACAUCAUUGAGGUGAAGGUCUUGUCUAUGGUGAAACAAACUGAAUUGUUUGACAGAUGGAAGAGCCUACAAAUGUGCAAAUGGGAGAUGAAUGUCACAGAAGCCAAUUUAUUCAAGUCUACUCUGUCAAGGUGUUGCAACGCCCCAUCCUUUCUGUUCACCACCCAGAAAAAUACUCCCUUGGGAACUAAACUGAAAUAUGAAGUGGACACAAGUGGAAUCUUUCAUAUCAACCAAGAAAUCUUCAAAAUGUUUCCAAAGGACAUGCCGUACCACCGCUCCCAGUUUAAGAGGUGUGCAGUGGUUGGGAACGGAGGAAUUCUGAAGAACAGCAGAUGUGGCCGGGAGAUUGACAGUGCAGACUUCGUGUUUCGAUGCAAUUUGCCUCCUAUAUCUGAGAAAUACUUCACGGACGUUGGGGUGAAGACAGAUGUCGUGACUGUCAAUCCCAGUAUUAUCACUGAGAGAUUCCACAAGCUGGAGAAGUGGAGGAAGCCCUUCUACGACGUGCUCCAGGUGUACGAGAACGCCUCCGUGCUGCUGCCGGCCUUCUACAACACGCGCAACACGGACGUGUCCAUCCGCGUCAAGUACGUCCUGGACGACUUCGAGUCCCAGCAGGCAGUCUAUUACUUCCACCCCCAGUAUCUCAUCAACGUCUCGCGCUACUGGCUCGGCCAGGGCGUGCGGGCCAAGCGGGUCAGCACCGGGCUGAUCCUGGUGACUGCGGCCCUGGAGCUCUGCGAGGAGGUGCACCUCUUCGGCUUCUGGGCCUUCCCCAUGAACCCCUCAGGGAUUUUUAUAACUCACCACUACUACGACAACGUGAAGCCUCGCCCCGGCUUCCACGCGAUGCCCUCGGAGAUAUUCAAUUUCCUCCACAUGCACAGCAAGGGGAUCCUGCGGGUUCACACGGGGACCUGCAGCUGACAGGGACGCUGCGAGAGUGCGGCAGGAGCUCGAUGGCCUGUGUAAGGUGUAGGAGGUUUUGUUACACCCCGAGAUUAUGCAAUAAUUGUUUGAUAUAAAUUUCCUCAAGGCAUUGCAUCCCAUAAGAUCUAGGACACCAGCAUCUUUCCUGCUAGCAGAGUUGGGUCCGUAACAGUGUAGGAGAAGCAAAACUCCUGUGCCCCAGGGUACACGCUGUCCUGGAAAGCAAGUCAGAUAAGAAGCACAUUUACAAUACAUUUAGGGAUAAAUAGAGCACAUUUAUAUAUUUAUCAUUUCACUAUGGAGAAAAGCACCAAACUUUUGAGGAAAAACAGAGAUGGAGAAUUUAACAUAGAUUAUAUGACUUUACAUAGGUUUCUGAAUCGAGUACCUUGGAGUAUUGCCAGAUGUUAUUGAACACUCUGUUCUCUGGCCUUUAGAUUUUUGAAAAUACUCUUUAGCAUUAUAGCUUAAUGGGGAUAUAUAACAUAAAACCUUUGUUCUGUAAUGUCACAAAGUGUUGAUCAAAAAUAUCAGAUAGAUGUGCUAGGAAUAAACAAAAUCACUUUAUGAAUUUUUUCAACGAGGAUAGAAUAGAAUGUUGAACUCCCAUUCACAGCAACAGGUAACUGUGUGAAUCAUGUUGUGAUAUUCUUUUAGAGAUUGUUUCUUCUUCCUUCUUGCGCCUUGCAUUUCUGUUCUCCUCUGCUGAUUGUGCUUCCUUCCUCCUUGUCUGUGAUGCUUUCCUUCUGGCUAACACAUGGCAAUGUGUGCACUUCCUCCUACAGCCACCAUCUCAGCAUCACAUUGGAGUUCUUGCUGAAGAAACAAGCUCCUUCACAAGGUUUUCUUGAGAUGAAGAGCAAGGGGAUUACGUAGUUAUAUUUUACAAGUUGAUUUUUUGGUUCAGCAUAAGAUAGAAAAAACCCGUUUCCUUGUUGAUUUUUAUUAGAGACUUUGUAAAAGUAUCUGAGUGUUGAUUCACUGUUGUGUAGGUUGAGUUAACACUUUCAGGUAUCUGUAAUAUGUUAAUGUCAGGAAAUGAAGUUAAAAUUCAGAGAAGAUAUUUUGUGGCUUAGAUUAUGAUGCUUAUUUUAAAAUUAUGCAUCUUGAGAUGUCAAAUGUCUUCAUGUGGCGUUUUUGUAUAUUGAGAAUGUUAUUAGGAUAGUGAAAGGGCUGGUGGUGUAUUCUUUAAAUGUCAUCAGUGUAGCUCUGUCAGGUAUGCCAAGCCCAAUUUUUCACCUGCUACAGUUGGCAAGAUCUUGAAGCAGAAGAGAUGCCACAAGUUGCUGGAGCU